AUGCGCUCUUCUGACGAAUCCGACUACUUUGACGAUGACGACUUCGUCGUGCCCGACGAUGAUGAUGCCAUUCCGGAAUCUCGUUCAGCGAAACGCCAACGUGUACGACCUCCGACGCGCCAUGAAGACCGCGACGGUGCUUCAUCCACAGACGGGUUCUCCGAUAUUGACGAAGAGACAUUCAACGAUGGCGAAUUACCCGCAGCCCAUGAACAAGCAGAUGCACGUCAUAGAAACCGGAGUUUUAUACCGAAACGCAGUAACGUCCAAGAGAACAUUUUCGUGACCCAAUUAACGCAACCCAACUCGAGCCCUGACCGAAUCCGUGGACCGAGGUGGAAAAAACCAGACCCUCCAUCUCUCCCAGACAGAAUACCAACACCGCAGGCCAGUGAGAGGGUUCGAGAGUCUGACAAUUUCUCUGAUGAAGAUUACGAUGGACUAAGGGCCGCGUUGGCUGCUUCACUGGAUUCAUUCGAGGUUGAGAAGGCUGCACGAGGUUCAAUAACGAAUUCUGUGAACAAGGCUGUUGCUGCAAGACCUCAACUUCCUAUUAGCGUCAAAAAGGCUGCACCACAAGAUGUUUCCUUCGAGCUCGAUGAUAUCCCAGAUGACGCAUUUGACUCCUCACCCUGCCUAUCGCCAGUAGCAGCACGCCCUGCUCAAACAUCAUCAUUUUCCUCAAGCGCCUCCCGAAAUCCUUCAUUCUUCCGACAAACUACCCUCUACGGUAUGAUUCAAUCAAAUCCAGAUAUCUCACAGCAACAUCAAGACCCUGGCCCACCAGAUAAAGUUGAACCUCCAACGCACCACAAACUAAACCACGAUGCUCUUAACACGUGGUGGUAUCCCACUAAUCUCGGUACCACUCGAGAUUACCAGUUCAAUAUCACCCAAAAGGGCCUUUUCCAUAAUCUACUCGUGGCUUUGCCCACUGGACUGGGAAAAACGUUCAUCGCAGCAACAGUCAUGUUAAACUGGUUCCGUUGGACGAAAGAUGCUCAGAUUAUCUUUGUAGCCCCGACCAAACCACUGGUGUCCCAGCAAGUUUCGGCAUGUUUGGAUAUUGCCGGCAUCCCGCGCUCUCAAACGACCAUGCUUACUGGAGGUGCAUCACCAGGCAUCCGUGCCCAAGAAUGGCAGUCAAAGCGCGUCUUUUUUAUGACUCCUCAGACAUUGAUCAAUGAUUUGAAGACUGGAAUUGCAGACCCUAAGCGAAUUGUGCUUGUGGUUGUAGAUGAGGCCCAUCGUGCCACCGGAGGCUAUGCCUACGUGGAAGUAGUAAAGUUCAUGCGGCGCUUCAGCAACAGCUUCCGAGUUCUCGCCCUGACAGCCACACCUGGGUCGACAGUCGAGGCAGUUCAAGGCGUCAUCGAUGGCUUAGAAAUCUCACGGGUAGAAAUUCGCACUGAGCACUCUCUUGACAUUCGGGACUACGUGCACGCCCGAAAUAUUGAGAUUGAGACUUUUGAAUACUCGGAAGAGAUUCAGUUAUGCUUGGAUCUUAUCUCCGAAGCUCUGCAGCCUCAGAUGGAUCAGCUUCGGACCCUUAAUGCUUACUGGGGCAAAGACCCUCUAAUGCUUACUGCUUUCGGAUUGACGAAAGCCAGACAGCAGUGGAUGGCCUCCGACGCUGGCCGAAAUGCCAGCUUCGGGCUUAAGGGGAUGGUGAAUGCCAUUUUCACGGUACUCGCCAGCUUGGCCCACGCCCUUGACUUGCUGAAAUAUCAUGGAAUUGUCCCGUUCUACCGCCAUUUGAUACAUUUCAAGUCGAAUACCGAUGGACAGAAGGGUGGUAAAUAUCAAAAGCAAAUUGUGCAGCAUGAAAGCUUCAAGAAGCUUGUUGCCUAUGUUGAUCCCUGGUCUAAAAACCCUGAAUUCAUAGGCCACCCUAAAUUGGAAUACCUGAAAUCCGUGAUCUUAAAUCACUUCAUGGAUGCAGGAGAAGGACAAGAGAAUGCUGACCCCAAUAAACCGGGUACGCGUGUCAUGAUCUUUGUGCAUUUUCGCGACAGUGCCGAGGAGGUCUCGCGUGUAUUGAAGCGGUAUGAACCUAUGAUUCGACCACAUAUCUUCGUUGGUCAAUCCAGUGCCAAAGGCUCCGAGGGAAUGACCCAAAAGACGCAGCUUGACAUCAUUAAAAAAUUCAAAGGGGGAACCUACAAUACCAUCGUGGCAACCUCUAUUGGCGAAGAAGGUCUGGACAUCGGUGAGGUGGAUCGUAUUGUUUGCUAUGACUCUUCUGCCUCGCCGAUCCGAAUGCUGCAACGAAUGGGUCGAACUGGACGUAAACGAGCGGGAAACAUCACCCUUCUUCUGAUGAAGGGAAAGGAGCAAGAUUCCUACGUCAAAGCCAAAGACAACUACGAAAAAAUGCAAGAAAUGAUCGCCAGUGGAACUCGGUUCGCUUUUCACGACGAUCUGUCUGCCCGAAUUCUCCCUGCUGGCAUUCGGCCCGUGCCCGACAAGCGAAUCAUCGACAUCCCUCAAGAGAACUCGCAACAGGAGUUACCCGAACCGAAGCGCAAGGGGCGUGCACCUAAGCGACCACCUAAGAAAUUUCACAUGCCCGACGACGUCGAGACUGGUUUCACACGUGCCUCGACCCUAGGUGACGGCGCACAGAAAGAGAAAUCUUCCAAGGCACCCAAGAAAAGAAAGUCUGACACACCCAAAAAGCGAGCUCGGACACCUGAACCUGUGUUGUCAGAAAAGCCGACAAUGGCGGAACUGGACAAGGAGUUUCCAAAUGCAAUACGUGAUUAUGAACUUGCUAUGCAGGACCUCGGCGAAGUAACAAAUCCUCGCACCGGCUUCUGGCCCCGUCCUGAGGACUCCGUGAGGAGAUCGACUAGGCCUACGAAGAUGAUUCCUCACAGCUCUUUGAGUCGCCGUGUUAGCAAAGUCAUACGGAACAUGGAUCGAAUGGAUACUAGAGGAGACUGA